GAAGCAAAUGGCUUACGCUCUCAAAGUGUGAAUAGUCUUUAGACCAAAAGUUCUCCACUAGCUUAGUGCACCUUUACUAAAACAUGUUUGGGUUCUUUUCCUAUUAAUUAUCUUUUGAUCAGAAUUUGUUCGAUCUCCACUAACGCACCUUUACUAAAAUAAUUAAUGUUAAUUUGUCUUCUACUUUUCCUAUUUUCUUUUGACAACAAUAGUUUCUGUUCAUUCUAAUCAUUCAUUUCUUCCAAAUUCUUCCUCUUCCAGAGAGAAGCAAAUGGCUUAUGCUGCUGUAACUUCGCUUAUGGAAACACUUUCUCUACAUUUCUUGCAAUCACAACCACGCUUCCCUCUUGAAGGUUUAGAGGAACAAAUCAGAGAUGGCAAUGAAAAUCUUGGCUUGUUGCAGCAAAUUCUUGAGAAAUCCGAGAUUGCCAAUGAUGAUGCCGGGGCGAUGAACAAUGGAGAGGAUGAAGCGUCUUCUUCUAUAAAGGCUUGCCUCCCCAGGCUUCAUGGAAUCUUUAAUAAUGAAGCGGUAAAACAGACUGAUUAUCACCCCAAGAAGAAGAAGUUGAUUAAAAGUGAAAAGCUGCUGCAGCAACAGCAGCUUGCAGAGAGUUCAUCACCAAAUGAAAGAAUCAUUAAUGCUUGGGAUAGUAUACUAUUGACUUCUCGGCUCAGGGAGGUGGCUGAAAUCAAACAAAGGAUUGUUUCUCUCCAUCAAAAUCUGGGCUUGCUGCAACAAAGUCUUGAGAAAUCUGAGAUCCCCUAUGAUGAUGCUAGAGUGAUGAAACAUUUAGAGGCGCAGAUCAGAGAUGCAUCGUUCAAAUUGGAAGAAAGGAUUGAGAUGGAGUUGAGUACCAUUUAUCUAGCAAAGGACAACCUUCAUAUAACAGCUUGCGUGCUCAGGCUUCAUCAAAUCUUCAAUGAAGCACAAAAACUGACUGAUUACCACAGGGAUGAGUUGAUUAGGAUUCAAACUGAAUACCAGCCUGCAAAGGUUUCACUCCUUGGUCGGAUCCGACGAAGAGGACUACAGCUUGUCAAAGGAUCAUCACUUAUUGUGAGUAACUUUUCCAAAAAAGCUUCGAAGUUUGACGGUGGAAUGGUCGGAUGCGAGAAGCUGUUCGAGAAGAUAUUGCGGCUGCUCACGCAACAAACAACUAAGGGGAGACAAGUUGUUUCAAUUGUUGGCAUGGGAGGAAUAGGCAAGACCACUUUAGCACACAAACUUUAUCAACAUCCAUCAAUUACAUCUUAUUUUGACAUGCAAGCAUGGGUUACUGUAUCCCAAGAGUUUAACAAGGAACAAAUGCUCCGAUGCCUUAUUGGUUGUGUUACUGCAACAUCAAAAGAUGAACUCCAUAAACAGAGCACUAACCAAGACCAAUUAGCUGAACGUCUGCGUAAACACUUGAAGGAACAAAGAUAUUUGAUAGUGAUGGAUGAUAUAUGGAGCAUUACUGCUUGGGAUAGUGUGCAAAGAUGCUUUCCAGAUGAUAAUAAUGGAAGCCGUAUACUAUUGACUUCUCGACUUAGAGAGGUUGGAGAAUAUGCUAGCUCAGGUAACUCUCCUCUAAACAUGCCUUUCUUAGAUGCCGAUGAAAGUUGGAAUCUCUACUGCAAAGUCUUUGGUAAAACUGAAUUCCUUCUAGUGUUUGAGCAAAUUGGUAGAGACAUAGUGAAGAAAUGUAAAGGAUUACCUCUAGCUAUUACUAUAGUAGCUAGUCUUCUCUCCAAGACAGAAGAGGAGGAGGAAAAGUGGAAGAAUGUUGCAAAAGGUGUAAUGGGUGAUUCUACUGAUGCAUGUUCCAGAAUACUAUAUUUGAGUUACAAUCAAUUACCACACCACUUAAAAGCAUGUUUUCUAUAUUUUGGAAUUUUUGAAGAAGACUAUGAGAUCGUUGUGAAGAAAUUGGUUAGGUUGUGGGCAGGAGAGGGAUUUUUGAGCACUGUGAACCAUGUGAAUUUGGAGAAAGUGGCUAUGCAAUACUUGCAAGAUCUUGUUGAUAGAAGUCUUGUUAUAGUUAGCAAAUAUAGCUACAAUGGGAAAAUGAAGAAAAUAAAGAUCCAUGAUCUGUUGCGAGAUUUGUGCUUGAGAGAAGCUAGACUUGAAAAUCUCUUGAAUGUCAAUGGAGUUAGAAAACAUGGUCAAUGGAUAAGUCAUACAUCAAUGCCUUUCUAUCAUGAAGUUAGGUUUGAAGAUAAGUGCUUUGACAAACCUCAUUCCUUUCACUUAACUCGUCUUUACUUCUCUGCUAAUGUAUACAUUAAAGGUCUAUUUUCACACUUGAAACUACUAAGAGUACUAGACAUGAGAGAGAGUUUUUUGGAUGGAGAUACAAACCUAAAUAUGUUUGCAAAUCUUGUUCAUUUGAGAUACUUAGCUUUGUAUAUACAUGGCCUUUGUUGUGUAUACCCUAACCACUUUGGGCGUUGGAAUAAUUUGCAAACUUUUAUUGUUAGUUGGGGUGGUGCUAAAUUGUAUUCCUGUGAGUCAUCUGGAUUUUGGAAAAUGCCACUAUUAAGGAAUUUUUGCAUUGGAAGAAUUUGUUCAUUAGAAACUCCAUCGGUUGUUCAUAGAAACUUAGAGAAUAUAUCUUGGUUGGAUUCUAAGUUAUGUACAAAGGAUUUGUUUACAAUGAUUCCGAAUUUAAAAACAUUGGGAGUUGAUGGUGAUCACUAUGCUAAUAGUAUAGAUUGUUUUUAUAAUUUUGUGCACUUGGAGCAGCUUGAGAAACUAAGCAUCAGAAGGUGGAUGAAAUUCGACCUUGAUAUGUGUAACAUUCCAUGGGCAACUAGUUUACCAAAUCUUAAGAAGCUCAGCUUCUUGGAGUCUACUCUACAGUGGUGUGAGCUGAGCGCUAUUAGUAUGUUGCCUAAUCUGGAGGUUCUAAAAUUGAUAGAUGCUUGUAGAGGCCCAAAGUGGGAGACAUCUAAUGGAGGGUUCAAUCGAUUGAAGAGGUUGGUAAUUAAAAAAUCAUAUCUCCGAUGUUGGAAUGCUGUGGGUGACCAUUUCCCAAUUCUCGAAUGUUUAGAGAUAAGUGACUGCUCUAGUUUGAAAGAAAUCCCUCGUGGUUUUGCCGAUAUCACCACACUAGCAUUGAUUCAGUUAAGCAAAUGUAUGGAUUCCCUUGUGGUUUCUGCAAAGUGGAUUCAAGAAGAGCAAAAGAACAACUAUGGAAAUGAUGCCCUCCUUGUUCGUGCCGAAAAUAUUUAUAAGACUUCAAGCGGCAAGUGGCUUUAGGAGAAAGAGAGUGAUGAAUGAAUAGCAGUAUGUAGGAAGGCCUGGUGAAAUUGUUGGAAGAAAUGACAAGUUUAGAAUGUGCAUAGCAGUGAGGUGAAAUGGUCUCUGUACAGAUUUUGGUGGUGGGGAAUUAGUUUGUAGAUAUGAUGGUUGCAAUAUAUAUAGCUGCUCUGCUCUGCUAUGCAAUGAAUAAUCAUUAUCUGUAUGUACUGUUUAAUUCUCUCUCAUUUUUCUCUAUCAAUCAAUCUGCUUUAUAUAUAUAAA